UACAGAGGCAACGUUACUUUUCAAAUACAACAGCAUGCAUUAGUUAUACUUUAAAAGAAUCCUAAUGAUGCUCACUUUCCAUUUACGUACACUUGCUCAGUUUUUUAUUCGGAAACGUGUGGAUUUUAAACGAGUGGUCCUCCCAAAAUUUUACUCCUCGGACAACUUCUGUCCCACAUCUGGAGCAGAACGUUACAGACACUUGCAGAGGUAUUUCAACAGGAGAGUAAGAGCAACAUGUCUUCACUUCAAUGCUGUACCUAAUUAUUCCAUGGUAUACGGUCUUUAUCAUGUUUAUUUUAUUGAUACAAAUGUCAUCUACAGAAUUGAUCAAAGACAGGCAAAUCAGUCACCAGAAAGACUGCUUGAUUUGGAACAGUUUUUAGAAAGGGAUGGAUCAGGUCCAAAAACAGUAGGGCAGUGGGCUGUUCAGAGAAUACGUUUAUCACCACAGGAAAGACAUCUUGCUGUAACCCUUAAAAAGUAUCACAAAGAAGAGCAAAGAUGUGUAAUAAUAAAUCUUGGACAUGAGACUUUAUUUUCACUGAUUCAGCCUCAUGUGAUAUUUACCCUUGAUAAAGUUUUCAGCUUUGAGUGGGCCACAGAUGAUGUCCUGUAUUUCACAACUAUUGUUGGUCUGCGAAGUAGUACAGUAUUUUGUCUUGAUUUAACUAAAAACAGAAAAAUUACAUCUGUAUUUGCAGAGCCAAAGCUGAAUGUAUUUGUUGAGGUAGCCCUCACCCGAGAUCAAAAACUCCUCACCAUCAACUGUAACAGCAGAAGCAGCUCAGAAGUGCUAGUCAUUGACAAAGACAAUCUGAGUCAUGAACCACUCAUGAUUCAAAGACGUGUGCCAGAGCUUUUAUAUCACGUUGAGCAUUGGAAAGGCUCACUCAUUAUUCUGACCAAUACUGGCCCUGGACAGGAAUAUCAGGUGGUUCAAACUUCAUUGUCUGAGCCAGCAGUUGAUUCAUGGAUGCCUCUAUAUUUUCCACCUCCUGGAUUUACUAUAAAAGACAUGGAAAUCAUUGAAGAUUUUGGUGUAUUAAUUACAAGGACACCUUCUUGUCAAAUUGGGCUUACUGUAAUGUCACUGAACAAUCCCGAUGUACUCUACUUUAUGGAGCUACCAUCUUGGGCCUGUGCUUUUGAGGCAAAGAAAGCAGGUGUAGGAGGCAAAACCAAUACUUUGGAGUUUUUGAUCUCAUCUCCUGUUCACCCACCACACCAAUUCUGUCUGCUCCCAGAAGAAGGUUUGGUUUUAAGUGCUGAAGGCAAUAAAAUCUACAUUGAUCAACUAAAUACUAUCACUACCUCACGCUUGGAAGCUUGCAGCAAAGAUGGUACAUUGGUGCCAAUCACACUGUUCCAUGCUGCACAUUUGAAAGCAUUAAAGGAAGUGCCACUGCUUGUUCAUGUUUAUGGAUCUUAUGGCAGGGACCAUAAUAUGGAGUUUUGUCCAAAGAAAAGACUUUUGUUGGAAUUGGGUUGGGUUUUAGCAUACUGUCACAUCAGGGGUGGAGGAGAGGGCGGCCUCUAUUGGCAUAGACAGGCUCGUGUUAAGGGCAAACAGAAAAGUGUGGAGGACCUUGUGGCAUGCCUCCAACAUCUCUUCUCUUCUGGAGUCUCCUCAUCCUCAGUCACUGCACUCACUGCCUGCAGUGCUGGAGCCGUUCCAGUGGGGGCACUCUGUAACUUGUACCCACAACUAAUAAAAGCUGUGACACUCCAGGCACCCUUUUUAGACGUGUUGGGGACAAUGGAGGAUUCUAGCCUGCCCCUGACCAUUGAGGACAAAGAAGAAUGGGGUGACCCUGUUGGAAAUCCUUCACACAAACGUAUCAUUGCCAGUUAUUGUCCUCUUCACAACAUCACUCCUCAGGUUUAUUAUCGCUUUUUUACCCAGAGGUAUCCAUCCAUGCUGAUAACAGCCUACAGUGGUGAUUCCAGAGUGUCUUUGAGUGGUAUUGUGAAAUAUGCUGAGGAGCUACAAAAGGCUAUUAAUUCCCAUUUCACCUUGAAUCAAAGAUCAGAAUGUGGACAUAAGCCAAAUAUUAUUCUGAACAUUCAACCAGGAGCAAAUCAUCAUGGACAAGAAGACUUUGACUUGAUGGUGAAUGAGGAUGCCCUUGAGCUUGCAUUUCUGUACACAGAGCUGGGGCUAGACCCUCCUCGUCAUUUACGCAAGAAACAGAGGUCUCCAACCCCAUCACCAUUAGAAUCCUUAAAUGAGCGGGGGUAGAUCUGGUAGACUGGGGACAUCUGCCACCAGCUAAGGCAGCGUGGAGACAGAGCGAUAACUGUGAUGGUCAGAGCCACAAGAGCCACAGUGCAAGCCACAGUCAACCAGAAGAGGACCUCUCUGAGAACCUUGUAGCGAGCCUGAGAGGAGUACAGGAGCAGCACCUCCUUAGGCAUCCCAGCGUACGGCUUGAUCUGGGUGUACUCAUCUGCAUCCAGUUUCACAGAGUCGCAUUUCUCCUCCAAAUCAAACCUGGUGAUCUGAACCUGUGGGUCUGUCUCCUCAUCUUCCUGAAAUGCUGGGUUUCUGCUGCCUACCUCCAUGCUGAUGUAUAAUACAGCCAAUGUGUGUGUGGCCAAGACCUGCAGGGUGUCUAUGUGAGAGACUGAGUAAUCUAUCUGCUUGGAGAGGGUCAGAGUUCUCCUCCUCCACAGGCCCUCCCCAUCAGAGCUCAGAGUUGCCACUUGUGGAAUGUGGGAAACUGGAGAGUUCGGAGAGAGCACCAAAGAUUAGACUUGGUUGUUGCUUGUUCCCAGUGACUUUUCAUUCAUGAAAUACUUUUAAUCAGUGUCUCACUUUAAAAGAUUAAUUAAAAGAAAGUGGUAUUUGAAUUACACUGAAUAAAUUAUAAUCUAUGUUCAGAUUAAAGAGAAAAUCAAAGUGGCAUUUUUUAAAACUGCCCUGCCUGGGCCUGCCCCACAAAGCCAUUUUCUCUGCUUUGCUCCUUUGACUACCAAGAAAUUAACACCAAUUUUCUUAACUCAACACCACUUAUUUCCUUCUUGCAUAACUGUGCAAACUUUAACUGUCAACAACACUAUACAGUCAAUUGCACAGAUAAGAGUUGUUAGAUGCUCUUUCUGAAACCACCAUAAUCUUAAUUGGUUUACUAUGGCUACCCACAAAAGAGUAACAGACAAAAAAAUAAUUUUUUGAGUCAAAGUUUAAUUCCAUCAGAACAACAGUCAAACACAAUAUUUUCUGAAACAAAGGGGUCAAAGAGCUUUCUGGUGCCAUUAAAUGACUAGGAAAGUAGUGCUGUGUAUAUUCAGUCCAUGCAGUGUAAAUAAAAGUGAAUUUCAAGA